AUGGAUUCCAAAGAGCUGGAUACAGAGACUAUCAAACCCGCGCUCGUCAGAGAAGAUGAAGAGGUGGGCGAGGGCCGCUUGGAUCAGAUCGAACUAGACAAGGACGAGGAGGUCAAGAAUGAAGAGUUCAGCUAUGAAUCGCAUCGCUCUCCGUUCCCCGAAGUUAGGGCUGUCGUCCCCGAAACGGACGAUCCCAGUAUGCCAGUCAACACGGUUCGAAUGUGGUUCCUGGGCAUCAUCUUCACCAUUCUCGGGUCCGGGAUCAAUCAGUUUUUCUCGCUACGCUAUCCGUCAGUUCACAUUGUAGCCCUAGUCGCAGAGUUACUUGCAUACCCGAUCGGCGUGCUCCUCGCAAAGACACUUCCUCUCACCCCCGUCCGACUCGGACCUCUGGGGACAUUCGUUAUCAAUCCGGACAGGUCGUUCAAUAUCAAAGAGCAUGCGCUCAUCGUGAUCAUGAGCAAUGUCUCCUUCGGAUACGCCUCAGCCGACUCGACGAACAUCAUCCAAGCAGCUAGCAAAAACUUCUACAAUUUCAACCUCAAACCUGGUUUCUACGUACUCAUCGUCCUCGUCGCACAACUCCUCGGAUUCGGCGUAGCAGGUCUCGCAACACCGUGGCUCGUCGAACCAGCCCGCAUCAUUUGGCCAGGCGUGCUGUCCAACUGUGCCAUGCUAGAAACAUUGCAUUCGCGCGCAAAUCGCAUCGCAGAUGGAUGGCGCAUUUCCCGUCUCCGCUUCUUCCUAUAUGUAAUGACAGGUGCCUUCCUUUGGUAUUUCUUCCCUGGCCUGAUCUUCACCGCGCUAUCCUAUUUCACCUGGGUCUGCUGGAUCGCGCCGAAGAACGUCAUCGUCAACCAGCUCUUCGGAAUGCAGACGGGCCUCGGCCUGAGUCCAAUUACUUUCGACUGGAGCCAAAUCGCUUACAACACGAACCCGCUCCUGUCACCAGCGUGGGCUGCGAUGAAUGUCUUUGCUGGCUUCGCUUUCUUCUAUUGGAUUGUUACACCAGUUCUUUACUACACCAAUACCUGGUUCACGGCUUACCUUCCGCUAAUGACGGCCGACGUGUACGACAACACAGGCGCAUUCUAUGAUACAGCUCGAGUCAUUUCCGCAGAUAAGACUCUCGACGCGGCUGAAUACCGAAAGUACUCGCCUCCGUUCUUGAGUGCAACCUUCGCUUUCGUGUAUGGGCUUUCGUUCGCUGCUAUCACCUCUGUGCUUACUCACAUCGCCAUCUGGCACGGCCGUGACCUCUGGUCUGCUCUCAAGGGCCGCAACAAGCUCGAUAUCCACGCAAGACUCAUCCGCGCCUCAUACCGCCGGACUCCGUGGUACUGGUACGCUGCCAUUAUCGUGGUGAUCAUGGCCAUGGCUAUCGCGAUGGUUGAAGUCUACGAGACCAAGCUGCCCGUCUAUGGGGUUUUCCUGGGCUUGAUCAUCCCGGUUAUGUACAUGGUACCCUGCGGUAUCGUGCAGGGCAUCACAAAUGUGGACGCGAACCAGCUGAACGUACUCGCAGAGUUUAUCGGCGGGUACAUGUUCGAAGGCAAGCCGCUGGCCAACAUGAUUUUCAAGAUUAUCUCCACCGACGUCGUAGGACAGGGCGUCUACUUUGCUAUGGAUAUGAAAUUGGCUCAUUAUCUCAAGGUGCCGCCGCGCACUUGCUUUGUGGCGCAGGGCGUGGCUACUAUCCUGGGCGCGCUAACUCAGGCGGGCGUUACGCUUUGGAUGCUGGGUAAUAUCUCAGGGAUUUGCCAGACUGAUCAGACGGAUAAUUUUACCUGUCCGAAUGGCCGCACGGUUUAUUCUUCUUCCGUUAUCUGGGGUCUUAUUGGACCUCGUCGUCUCUACUCUGCUGUGACAUUCCUUCUCUACCGCUAUACCAGACAGAAGUUUUGGAAGUUUAUCAACUGGCCCCUGAUUUUUGUGGGUACUUACAACGUCCCACCUGCGACCGGAAUCAACUAUUCCAGCUGGGCAUUGGUCAACUUUGUCUUCAACUUCUGGAUUAAGCGCCGAUUCUUCGCUUGGUGGACAAAGUACAACUACAUUCUCGCAGCUGCACUUGAUACCGGCCUUGCACUGAGUGGCAUUGUCAUCUUCUUUUGCAUCUCGUACCCGGGUGCUACCUUCCCUAACUGGUGGGGAAAUACAGUGUACCUGAACACUGCAGAUGCACAAGGUGUACCGUACAAAGCGAUUCCAGAAGUUGGGUAUUUCGGGCCUGCUAACGGGACGUGGAGUUGA